AGUAGAUAACGAAACUGAAGAAACAAACCAAAUUUGAUACAACAAAAUCCGCAUAGCAGAUUGACAUAGAGACAAAGAAGGAAGUCCAAAAAUUGUGAAAUUGGCGAAGUAAAUUUGAUUUUGGCGGGUCAAAGAGGCAGGAACCAAAUCAUGAAGCAUGGGUUUAUCAAAUGCCAUCCUUAUCUACCAUCUACACCACAAAUUUCCUGUGUUUUCAUCUUCUACGAUCAGAGUUCAUUAGGAUUCAUAUGUAAAGCAAAAAGCCUAUGGACCCAUAUCUUCAGUUUCGCUCAGGCAAUAUUGGUGAGUUUACUGAGUCAACUCCAUCUGAGAUUCAACAAAACUCUAGUCAGCCCAAUGAUAAUGCAGGCACAAAGUGAUAAAAACAAAGAAAGUCGUGCAGAGCGAAAGUAUAAUCAUACUACUGGAAUAAAAAGUUUCCCACUUGUUCGAAAGAAGCAGGUGCUCACAUGUUUCAAGUAUGUUAUACAAAGGAGACUGGAACCCCUGAGGCAAUGAAAGCAAUGAUAGUAUGUAUCAAAUAAUUAUCUGUCCAUUUGAACUCGUAGAUUAGUUAAAAUUCCCACAUUAUAGUGUUGAGUGAUUGAAAUGUAUAUAUUAAGUUAUGUUUAUUGCAACCUUAUAGAAUGAAAUGAAUGAGAGGACAACUUUAAAUGAAAAUUAUCAAAUGAGGGCCCAAAUGAUACAUUUGGACAAGUGAUGGGUAAAGAAAAACAUGGACGAGUUCGCAUGUAUGGAUUAGGUGUCUCCCCGUCUAAUUUAUGGAGAGAUACAUCUGGCCAUAAAGCAAACCAAGACAUAACAAUGGAUGCUAUGGAAGCUGAAAAUUCGGAGCUAAGGUCCAAAGUUUCCCAUGUCCAGCAUGUUUCGAAUAACUUGACAAACACAUCUAACCAGGUGACAACAACUUCUAGUCCUCUUGACAUGGUAGCUCAACAUCAAGCAUGGACCUUGUCAUCGAUACAAGAUGCCUCUCUUACUCAGGUGGGAGAUAUAGUUGUUCAAAAAAGUGUCAUUAGGCCAACAGAAAUAGUUGCAAUCAGAGUACUUAAAAGCACAGAUGCAUCUAAAGAAGUAGAAGGAGAAAAACUAGGACUUGACUAUUGUGAGGUACAUGUUCAAGUGCCAAUCAAACCUAAUGAGAGCUUGAUCCGAUCAUAUGGACCUGUCAAAACAAUUGGACAAGCUAUUGGAGCUCAUGUUGCGUGGCCUGCUCCAUUUGUGAUUUGGCAACUUAUGGAUGCUAGCUGAGAAUAUUUAUACAAGUGAGGCUGAGAGUUUGGAAACUGAUUUUGUUUUGAUAAUUUUGCUCUCUGGAAUAUGGAUGUCACUAUGGCUUUUCAGAACUUAUGGUUGAAAUAAUUUUCUUUUAAAUUUUUUUUGCUUUAACUUUGUUAGUGUAGUAGAAUAUUUUAUAAUUUCGGCAAGGAAAUUUUAUUGCAAUAUAAAUAAAUUUAUAUUUCAAUAAUAAAUAAUUGAU